CGUCGCACCAUUAGCCAGCUCAAGCUAGGUGAGGGGGAAAAGAAAUGUCAUCAGCAAGUAGUAAUAAUAAUUGCAGCAGCAAUUCCUGCACAGACGAUGAUGAGGAACUCAACGAACAAUUGCGUACCCUGCUGUCUCUGGUUCCUGAUGCUGCACAGACAGAUCCCAUAUCCAUCUUAGAACAGACUCGGGAUUAUUUGAGACGAAUUCACGAAGAAACAGAGAGACUUGAGCAGGAAAUCCCCAGUCAACCACAUCAUCUUGAGAACCUUAACCAGAGAGGUAUUGUUAACUCAUCAAGCCGGAGGCAACUCCAAAUACUAAGGGUUGAGACAGACAAAAUAGGAGGUAAGAGGGAGUUUGUGGUGAAGAUUUUAUGGAAGAGACUAGGGCCAGGAGCAGCAGCUGAAGUCCAGCGAGCUAUUGAGUUCUGCCGUGUAAACGUCAAGAGCAGCUCUAUACUUGUCCCCAGCUUUCUCCAUCCAGACGAAAUGCAAACCACAGCUUUUGUCAAAGUGAAGAAGAAGAAUAUGACGGAGAAAGAGCUAUGCGUUCUCUUGCUGUCGAGGUUUCCAUCUUAAAAAUAAUAAA